AUGCAAGUCGGAUGCAAGGCCGAGAAGAAAAGAAAAAACAACGUCAUCGCCAUCGCCAUCAGAGGGAAAGGCUUUGGCAGCUUUGCGCGCGCUGCGGCGUGGUGGCCUAUGAACGCGGCUCAUGCGGCACGCAGAGAAUACAACCUGGUUAACCACCGCCCACGGUCCUUGGCUGACCCCGGUUUCUCCAUGACGCUUAUGCGGGCGCUUCACUGGAACAUCGCAGCUGUGCUGGCACUUAAGGAGCUGUCGCCCGGCGACGGCAGGAAUGAGGGUGCAGGCAGUACUCAGAGUACGGCGGCGGGACAGAAGAUGCGCAUGACCUGGAGGGCCUCCGAAAGCUCCCGCAAGGUGCAGCAGCGCCAAUCAAGCCGGCCACGCGCCCAUACCGCGGCGCAUGUGCUGCUCUCUGCGUCUGUCAGUGUCCCCUUACCGUACCGUAUCGUACCGGUCACCGGGUGCGUGGCGGCCGUGGCCAGGGCGCUCGCAGCCAAAUGGCCGGCGCAGACCGACAAGACAGACAGCCGCCUGCCUGCCUUAUCAGCCAGCUCCUGCCUAGCGCGUCGCAUCGCAUCUCGUCGCAUCGCAUUCGCUCUUGCUCCCUACGUUGCUGCCAAACAAAACGACCCUCGUGUCAGCCAGAAUAUCAACCAAAAGAAGUCGCGCAUCCGUGACGUGAGUCCUUUCUUCGCCGUCCUCCAUCCUACUACUAUUUUCAUCGCGUUUUCCAUCGCUUUCUUUGUUUCCCACCUCCCCUUUCGUCUCAUCGCCUCCCCCUAA